GCGCCAACAGAAGCCGUCAACAGAAGCAGCCAUCAGACGCCAACAGGAGCUGCCAUCAGACGCCAACAGAAGCCGUCAACAGAAGCAGCCAUCAGACGCCAACAGGAGCUGCCAUCAGACGCCAACAGAAGCCAACAGAAGCCGCCAACAGAAGCUGCCAUCAGACGCCAACAGAAGCCGCCAUCAGACGCCAACAGAAGCUGCCAUCAGAAGCCGCCAUCAGACGCCAACAGGAGCUGCCAUCAGACGCCAACAGAAGCCGCCAUCAGACGCCAACAGAAGCCGCCAUCAGACCCCAACAGAAGCCGCCAUCAGACGCCAACAGAAGCUGCUAUCAGACGCCAACAGAAGCCGCCAUCAGACGCCAACAGAAGCAGCCAUCAGACGCCAACAGAAGCCGCCAACAGAAGCUGCCAUCAGACGCCAAGAGAAGCCGCCAUCAGACCCCAACAGAAUCCGCCAUCAGACGCCAACAGAAGCUGCCAUCAGACGCCAACAGAAGCUGCCAUCAGACGCCAACAGAAGCCGCCAUCAGACACCAACAGAAGCCGCCAUCAGACGCCAACAGAAGCCGCCAACAGAUUUUGGAUGCCAACAACAACAGUCAAGUUGA